AUGAGUGGGUGGUACGACCUUUGUUCCCUUCUAGUGCUGCCCUCCUGGGUACCGAGCACUGCUGCUGGGAUUGUCUCCUUGCACCUCAUUCAGAAACUCCUCUUCCCCUACUUUUGGGCUGACCUGAGAUACCUGCUGAAAGUAUUGAUCUAUGGGCUGAGAGUGGAGAUGUACCAGCUGCAAGGCAGGAUUGUCACCGUCCUGGACAAGUUUGUGAAGCUCUCUGAGAAGCAGCCCCACAAGCCGUUCCUCAUCUAUGAAGGGAAGGUGCACACCUACCGGGAUGUAGACAGAAGGAGUAACAGAAUAGCACAGGUCUUCCUACAUCACGGCUGUCUGAAGAAGGGAGACACGGUGGCCUUGCUGAUGGGAAACGAGCCAGACUUCAUCCACGUGUGGUUUGGACUGGCCAAGCUGGGCUGUGUGGUGGCUUUCCUAAACUUCAAUGUCCGCUCCAGAUCUCUCCUGCAUUGUGUCAAUAGCUGUGAGCCCAAGAUGCUUGUAGUGGGAGCAGAUUUGCUUGGGACGCUGGAAGAAAUUCUUGCUGACCUCCAAAAAGACAUUAGUGUUUGGAUAAUGACCAAAGACUCUGCUUUACCAAGUGUGCAUACCCUGUUAGACAAAAUAGAGGCUGCAUCUGAGGACCCUGUUCCGGUUAAUCAACGCUCUGCCAACAACCUGAAGUCAUCCGUUUUAUAUAUAUUUACUUCAGGAACAACAGGUCUUCCAAAGGCUGCAAUCAUCAGUCACAUGCAGGUUCUUAAAGGAGCUGCUGGACUGUGGGCUUUUGGUGCUACGACAGAAGAUAUAAUUUAUAUUACUCUGCCUCUUUAUCACAGUGCAGCAUCUCUUCUUGGCAUUGGUGGAUGCAUUGAAUUGGGUGCAACCUGUGUCUUAAAAAAGAAGUUCUCAGCUAGUCAGUUUUGGAGUGACUGCAAAAAGUACAAUGUGACUGUCAUCCAGUACAUUGGAGAGCUUUGCCGUUACCUUUGUAGCCAGCCAGUGAAGGAAGGAGAAAACAAUCACAAUGUUCGACUGGCAUUUGGAAAUGGAAUAAGAAAUGAUGUAUGGAGAGAAUUCUUAGACAGAUUUGGUGCUGUUAAAAUCUGUGAGUUUUAUGGUGCUACUGAAGGAAACAUUUGUUUCAUGAACCACACAGGAAAAAUUGGAUCUGUUGGAAGAACCAAUUUCUUUUACAAGCUUUUUUUCCCAUUUGAUUUAAUCAAGUAUGAUUUUCAAAAAGAUGAACCAAUUAGAAAUAAGCAUGGUUGGUGUGAAAAGGUUGAGAAAGGUGAGGCAGGUCUUCUCAUUUCCAAAGUCAAUGCAAAGAACCCUUUCUUUGGUUAUGCUGGCAAUAAGAGACACACAGAAAAGAAAUUACUCUGUGAUGUAUUUAAGAAGGGAGAUAUUUAUUUUAAUACUGGCGAUCUGAUGGUUCAAGACCAUGAGAAUUUUCUUUAUUUUUGGGACAGGAUUGGAGAUACCUUCAGAUGGAAAGGGGAGAAUGUUGCAACCACAGAAGUUUCUGAUGUCAUCUUAAUGUUGGACUUCAUACAAGAAGCAAAUGUGUAUGGUGUAUCUGUGCCAGAUCAUGAAGGAAAAGCAGGAAUGGCCUCUCUUGUUUUAAACCAGAACACAUCAUUAGAUUUGGAACAAAUGUACAAGCACGUAGUGACCUACCUACCAACUUAUGCAUGUCCUCUUUUUUUAAGAGUCCAGAAAAAAAUGGAAAUGACUGGAACAUUCAAACAACAAAAAUUUCGACUGGUGGAAGAAGGUUUUAAUCCAUCUACAAUUACUGAUCCUCUUUAUUUUUUAGAUAAUUCUAAGAAAGCAUAUGUCUUGUUAACCAAAGAAGUACAUGAGAUGAUCUUAUCUGGGAAACUGAAACUUUAA